UCUUUCUAGUACUGUCAACCUGAUCGGUGUUUUUAAGGCUGUCAAUCAGGCAGUUUUCUGGACACUCCUAAGUGAGGGGUCCUCGCCGCUUUCUCUGCUGCCUCAGCUUCGGUCCGGAGAGGACCCGGCGCCGAAUCACUGACUCUCCUAGGUGUCGGGAAAAUGAUCCACAGUCUCUUUCUCAUAAAUUGUUCUGGAGACAUAUUUCUAGAGAAGCAUUGGAAAAGUGUUGUGAGCCAGUCUGUGUGUGAUUAUUUCUUUGAAGCUCAAGAGAAAGCUGCUGAUGUUGAAAAUGUACCACCUGUCAUUUCAACACCUCACCACUACCUCAUCAGUAUCUACCGGGAUAAGCUCUUCUUUGUGUCUGUCAUCCAGACUGAAGUGCCACCUCUCUUUGUAAUUGAGUUCCUACAUCGAGUUGCUGACACUUUUCAGGACUACUUUGGUGAGUGUUCGGAGGCUGCAAUUAAGGAUAAUGUCGUCAUAGUAUAUGAGCUAUUGGAAGAAAUGUUAGACAAUGGAUUUCCUCUGGCUACUGAAUCUAACAUUUUGAAAGAACUGAUUAAACCACCAACAAUUCUGCGUUCUGUCGUCAACUCUAUUACAGGCAGUAGUAAUGUUGGGGACACACUCCCCACCGGGCAGCUUUCCAAUAUCCCAUGGCGCCGGGCUGGAGUAAAGUACACAAACAACGAAGCCUAUUUUGACGUCGUGGAAGAAAUAGAUGCAAUUAUAGAUAAAUCAGGAUCUACAGUGUUUGCAGAAAUUCAGGGGGUCAUUGAUGCUUGCAUUAAGCUAUCUGGAAUGCCUGAUCUCUCUCUCUCUUUCAUGAACCCAAGGCUUCUGGAUGAUGUCAGCUUCCACCCGUGCAUUCGGUUUAAACGUUGGGAAUCUGAAAGAGUUUUGUCAUUUAUUCCUCCAGAUGGAAAUUUCCGACUCAUAUCGUAUCGUGUCAGCUCACAAAAUCUAGUGGCAAUACCAGUGUAUGUGAAACAUAGUAUCAGCUUUAAGGAGAACAGUUCCUGUGGCAGAUUUGAUAUAACAAUUGGACCAAAGCAGAAUAUGGGGAAAACUAUUGAAGGAAUCACAGUGACGGUUCACAUGCCAAAAGUUGUGCUGAAUAUGAACCUGACACCAACACAAGGCAGCUAUACAUUUGAUCCAGUCACCAAGGUACUAACAUGGGAUGUGGGGAAAAUUACACCACAAAAGCUCCCAAGUCUUAAAGGACUGGUAAAUUUACAGUCUGGAGCACCCAAGCCAGAAGAGAAUCCAAGCCUCAACAUACAGUUCAAGAUCCAGCAACUUGCUAUUUCAGGCUUAAAAGUAAACCGUUUGGACAUGUAUGGAGAGAAAUAUAAGCCAUUUAAAGGAGUCAAAUAUGUCACAAAAGCUGGAAAGUUCCAAGUGAGAACAUGAGAAAAGGCCAAAAUUCCUCAAAAUCAGUUUGUUUUCCAAGUGUCAUUACAAUCUAUUACUAUUAGGUACCAAUUGGGUGGGAAUACAUAUUCUAGUUGAAGCAUUUGUCAAGCGACACACCACUAACAAAAUUGCUUAGUAACUGAUGUAGUGUUCUUAAGGAGCUUUAAGCUAAGGGAAGUUUUCUAAUAACUUAGCUGACUUUCUAUCUUUUCACUUAUGAAGAUUUUGGAGAUGAUUUUUCACACAGAGGGCCACCAGUUGGGUAUUGCACACCUGAAACAGUAAAGGCGGAAGGCUACAGUAAUGACCUCUGCCACAGCAAGUGAACUGGCUCAUCCAGCAAAACUAUCACUCUGUUAUGUGAUGUCAGGUGCAGCCGAAUGUUAUGCCUUCUGAUCUUAGUUAUCUCAAAUCAGUAUCUGUCCUAACAGGAAAUUUUCCCCACCCCCAAGAAGUUUACAGAAACUGCCUCUUCAAGUGUUUGCCUUAUUCAGCUUUUCACUUGUGCCAUUAAGCAAGCACUGUAGCAAAAGCCACUUACACAUGGCCUGGCAGGGAGCUGAGCUGCUCCACGCUCCAUUCUCACUGUACUUGGUAUUAUAUUUUUUAUAAAUAAGAUUUUUAUGUAAAGCUCAGAUUUUGAUUUACAAGAACAUUGCUGCAGUAAUAUACCAUCUCAAUUGUGUGCCACUGGUUCAGCUGUUAGAGAGCACAAUAUUAAAAAAAAUCAUUUGUAUCAAAGGGGCAAGUGCUUUUUAAGGUAAUAAAAGGAAACACUAUUUCUGCUUUUAGGAAGUUGUUGCAAGCACAAAUAUUUGCACUUUGAAGCAAAUUAAGGCAGUAAAAGAGAAAUUUAAG